AUGGGAUGGAACUAUUGUGUUAUAUGGUUUCUGUGUUUGUGCUGGCAGCUACUCGAAUCUCAACCUGUAAUGCAUGGAGAGGUCCAUUCCCCUCAGUAUCCCCUGCCUUACCUUCCUAACCUGCUGAAGCAAUGGGACCUCUGGGUUCCUGAGGGCCACCAGAUCCAGUUGUCCAUAACACAUCUGGAUAUUAAAGCUUCUUCAGGCUGUUAUCAAGACUCUCUGACGGUUCUCUACAAUCAAAAGGUCUUGGGGAUGUUUUGUGGACAGGAAAAUUCAAGUCAUCACCCAGGCAAAGUGCCAGUCCUUUCUGAAGGCAACAGAUUGACUCUAAAAUUUCAAACCAGUGACUCCUCUGCAGAGCUCCAACAGCACAUUGGUUUCUCUGCUACCUACGAGGCAAUAGACGUGGAUGAGUGUUCAAAAUCGGACCCCGGUCCAGGCUCGCAUCCUCUCUGCUCUCAGAUCUGCAGCAACACCCCUGGUUCUUACCACUGCUCCUGCCACUAUGGUUACAAACUUCAUUUAGACCAGCGCACAUGUUUGUUCUCCUGUGGUGGUAAUAUAUUUGAGCAGCAUGCAGGACAUCUGUCCAGUCCAAGGCACCCUCGCCCCUCACCACCAUUUCUGUCCUGCAAGUACAUCAUUUCUGUGGACCCCAGAUUCAUUAUCACUCUAAACUUCACUGACAACUUCCACAUAGACAGCGUGGACACUCAGCAAGGUCCCAGGUGUCAACAUCACUGGCUGCAGGUGACCAUCCCAGACAGAGAUCCCAUGAAGCUGUGUGGUGGAAAAAGUCCAGGUCUGAUAGCUACAAAUUCCAGUUCUGUCACACUGGACUACCAUACUGAUGAUGAAGGCCUGAGUCAGGGCUGGAGCCUAAACUACAGCACAAACGGUGAGGGAGGAAAUGAGAGACAUGUUGUUUUGGUUGGUCUACGGUAACAAUCAGUAACAAUCACAUAUCUACACAAAAAUGUGAUUAAUGUUUGGUUAUCAUGUCUUACAGAUGUUGCAUCAAUUAUUUACACAUUCUUUCACUUGCAAACUAUUAAUAUUUCCUUGUUUUGUUCCUCUGUAGUAAAUGAUUGUGGAGAACCAGAACCUUUGCUGAAUGGAGGGGUGACCUUCCUGUCUGGCCUUCAGAAUCAGUACCGUUCUGUUGUUCAGUAUCACUGCAAUGAACCAUUUUACUCUUUCCCAGGGGGUGUAAAUGUUAGUUUAACCUGUAAAGGAGAAGGAAAGUGGAGAUCCAACACCAACAAUGUCACUCCAACAUGUAUACCUGUCUGUGGUCAGCCCACAACACUCAUCUCCACCUAUCAGAGGAUCAUUGGAGGCAGUGAAGCUCCAGACAAUACCAUCCCCUGGCAAGUGCUACUGAAUAUAGACGGAAUAAGAGUUGGAGGAAUGGUGAUUGCAGACAGCUGGAUUAUGACUGCAGCUCACGACCUAACACAUAACAGAAAACCAGUAUCAAAUGAGACUGUACGGGUUUACAUGGGCCGUACUGAUGUUAAAUCCCUGAUGGGUUGUCCUGUUUUGGUUGCUUCAAUCCACAUUCACCCUGAAUACAACAACCCGGAUGGCUUAGACUUCAACAAUGACAUUGCCUUGAUCAAACUGCGAGACCCAAUCACAUUCAACUCAUCGAUUAUGCCAAUAUGUUUGCCAGCAGAGGGCGCCACAUACAUCACUGGCAUGAUGGGACUGGUGUCAGGCUUUGGCAUUAUGGAAAUUUACCCCCCACGGAUAACAAAGAAGCUUAAGUAUGUGCAACUCCCUGUGGUGGAGCAGGACACAUGCCGUAAUUCUGUCAAAAAGUUGAAGAAGACAAGGAACAACUUACCGAGUCUGACAGAUAACAUGUUUUGUGCUGGAGUCCCUGAAGGUGGGAAAGACACCUGUCUUGGGGACAGUGGAGGCCCCUUUGCCCUGAGAGAUAACGGACAGUUCUGGGUUGCUGGGAUUGUCAGCUGGGGGGUUGACUGUGGACAACAGGGAACAUACAGAGUUUAUACCAAAGUCACCAACUACCUGGACUGGAUCAACAAAACUAUGCAGGAGAACUGAAUUAACAGUAAUUUAUUACAUGGUGUGAAGAUUAAUAAAACACAAGUA